AUGCAAGGCUUUCCGUGUCUUGCAGUUAUUGUUAGUACAUUAUUAAUUGUUUCGAGUAUUGAUGCUCGUCUUCAUAGAGUAAAAUUACAUCAUUUCGAAUCGGCUCAUGAUCAACUCUUUAAAGUUGGUUCACAUCAAUCAAUUGCAUUUGCACGUAAAUAUCAACUUGAUGGACCAGUUCCAGAAUCAUUAACAAAUUAUCUGGAUGCUCAAUAUUAUGGUGAUAUUGGUAUCGGUUCACCAGCUCAACCUUUCCGUGUUGUAUUCGAUACUGGUUCAUCAAAUCUUUGGGUACCAAGUGUUCAUUGUUCACUUCUUGAUAUUGCUUGUCAAUUACAUAAGAAAUAUGAUAGUUCAAAAUCAAAAACAUAUGUUGCUAAUGGCACAGAUUUUAAAAUUCAAUAUGGUACAGGUUCACUUCAAGGAUAUCUCAGCGUUGAUACUGUCACAAUUGGUGGUGCUGAAAUUAAAAAUCAAGGUUUUGCUGAAGCUAUUAAACAACCUGGAAUUGUUUUUGUUACAGCGAAAUUCGAUGGUAUUCUCGGUCUUGCUUACCCAGCAAUAUCUGUUGAUGGUGUUUACCCAGUAUUUAAUAAUAUGUUUGAUCAAAAAUUAGUUCCUGAAAAUAUCUUUAGUGUCUGGCUUGAUCGUGAUCCAGAUAAUCCACGAGGUGGUGAAAUUAUUUUCGGUGGUUCCGAUCCUGAAUUAUACGAAGGUGAUUUUACUUAUCUUGAUGUUACUCGAAAAGAUUAUUGGCAAUUUAAACUCGAUGGUAUUUCAUUCAAUGGAAAUCAAUUUUGUCAAGGAGGUUGUCAAGCUAUUGCUGAUACUGGUACAAGUCUUUUAGUUGGUCCAAAGAAAGAAAUUGCUGCACUUAAUGCAAAAAUAGGAGCUAUACCAAUUCCAGGUGGUGAAUAUAUGAUUCAAUGCAAUACUAUUCCACAAUUACCACGUAUUAAUUUUACACUUGGCGGUAAAGAUUUUUAUUUAGACGGUCAUCAAUAUGUUUUAUCUGUAACACAAUAUAAUCAAACACUUUGUAUAUCUGGUUUUGCCGGUAUUGAUAUUCCACCACCAGCUGGUCCACUUUGGAUUCUUGGUGAUGUUUUUAUCGGACCCUGGUAUACUGAAUUUGAUUUUACUAAUAAUCGUGUUGGUUUUGCAAAAUCAGUUAUGCCAAAAAAUUCCACAAUGAAAAAUAAGAAAAAGAAUUCAUUACUUCGUGAACUUAUAUUUUAA